AUGGAGCUGGGAUUCAACUGCUCUGAGCUCUGUGAUGGCAGCUCCAGUUUUGGCAGCCAGGAGCAGCAGCAGCGGGCGCUGCAUGAGCUCUGCACUGUCACAGUGACAUCUUCUGACCACAGUGGGAGGAGCUCCCCGUCCUUCUCUGCUGCGCUCCUGGGAGUUGUGUGGUUGUUCCUGACCGGAGGAGUCCUGUUAGCGCUCUUCUUUCUUGUCUUCACAAUUCGCUUCAGGAAAAACAGGAUCGUGAAGAUGUCCAGCCCCAAUCUGAACAUUGUGACCCUGCUGGGCAGCGGCUUGACUUACACUAGUGCUUACCUCUUUGGGAUUCAGGAGCAGAGCCUGCCAUCUGCAGACUCGGUAGAAAAGCUUAUUCAGGUGCGGCUCUGCCUGCUGUGCGUGGGGACCUCCCUGGUCUUCGGCCCCAUCCUGGGGAAAAGCUGGCGGCUCUACAAGGUGUUCACUCAGCGGGUGCCGGACAAGCGGGUGAUUAUCAAAGACCUCCAGUUGCUGGCGAUGGUGGCAGCGUUGGUGCUGGCAGAUGCCUUGUUGCUCUUGACGUGGGUGUUCUCUGAUCCAGUCCAGUGUUUCCGAAGCCUCAGCAUCUCACUGCGGGCGACAGAGAAAGGCAUGACCUGCUCAGUGAGCCGGGUGCAGUCCUGCGCAUCUCUUUAUUCCGAGCUUUGGCUCGUUCUCAUUUUAGGGUUUAAGAGUAUCCUCCUGCUGUAUGGGACCUACUUGGCUGGUCUGACCGACAACGUCAGCUCCCCGCCAGUCAACCAGUCCUUGACAGUCAUCGUUGGGGUCAACCUCGUUUUCCUGGCUGCUGGCACUAUCUGCUUAGUUCACCGUUUCUUCCGCACUUGGCACAACUUGCUGUUUGGUUUUACCUCUGGAGGAAUCUUUGUGUGUACAACCACGAUCAACUGCUUCAUCUUUGUCCCACAGCUCAAGCAGUGGAAAGCCUUUGAAGAGGAAAGCCAAACCGUGAGCCACAUGGCAAAAUAUUUCACCAGCCCAAGCAGGAGCUGCCGCUCAGUGUACAGCGAGGAGCAGCUCUACCAGCUGAUAGGGGAGAAAAACUCCAUGAAGCGGCUGCUCACCGAGAAAAACGCCGUGAUUGCAAGCCUGCAGGAGCAAGUGAGCAGCGCCAAGGAGAAGCUGAUGAGGCUGAUGUCUGCGGAGGGCAGCUGCGACCCCCAGGCGCCAUCGGUGGCUCCCUGCAUCCAGAGCACAGGGCGGCACGGGGAUGUGCCAGGGGACAGCUGCCCUCCAGAUCCGGAGCGGGAUGGGUGGCAGCCUCCCCCCUUGCUGGGUACACCACCGCCUCUUUGCAGUGAUGCUCAGGAGCUCCGGAAACAUGAGACCCACCAGCGCAUGCAGCCAGGAGAGCCUGUUUGCUCUCGGGCACUGCUUUUUGACAUGGGGGACGGCCUUGAACGUGGCCCGAAAGAUGCCCAGGAGCACAGGAUGCCUGUGGGACAGGAGCAGCCUCUGGAGCAGCUGCCGGACCGUGACAUCUCAGCUGGCCUGGCCUGGGAGUCAUCCCCCAAAGUCAGCUACGUGAGCAGCGAGAAGCUGCGGGAAAUCUUGCAAGAGCUGAGCCUGGAUGGCAAAACCUACAGCCCGGCCUUGCCUGGGGGACCCCCGUGUGGCAGUCAGGGCCCCCAAGGCGAGCAAGGAGGAAUGUGGGGGGCCCAGGAGGGCUACCCGGGCAUCCGCACGCCCCUCAGCCCCUACCUGGCGCGGCGGCGGCGGAGGAUCCCACUGUCCCCUGCCUCCACCCGCUUCCCCGGGCAUGUGUCCCCUCGUGCCAUCCGUGGGGUGAAGGAGCUGGCCGGCUGGGGCCAUGGGGAGUCGUCACAUAUCUCCCUGGGAAGGGAAGGGGAGAUGGCUGGCGGAGGGCUCCUUCACCCACCAGCACCAUCCCCUCCAGCUAUCCCUGGGGAGGGGUGGCCAGGAUGGCCAGAGUCCCAGGGUGCUUCCCCGUGCCUCCCACAGGAGCAGCAGCAGCGGCGGCGGCGGGGUGCCCCGAGGGGACCUGCCGAGCCCUCCCUGCGCUCACUCUACUAUUACCCAGACUCUGACUCCAGCAGCAGCGGCAGUAGCAGCUCUGAGGAGAUGUUUCACGGCUGCCACCGGCCCUGCUGUGAGGUCUGCUUCCAGAGCCCGCGCGGCUCCCUGGGCAGCAGUGGCAGGGACACAGACACAGAGACCAGUGAAGGUGUGGGCCACUGGACAGAGCACCACAGUGGGCUCCAGCCCGUGGUGAAUUUCAAAGAAGAUCUGAAGCCCACCUUUGUGUGA